AUGCUUCCACUUUCCAUAGGUAACCUUUCCACAUCUCUUACAAUAUUUUUGGCAAGUGGUUGCAAAUUUAAAGGGAGAAUUCCAAAUGAAGUUGGGAACUUAAGCAGCUUAUUUGACUUUGAUAUUUCUGGAAAUGACUUGGUUGGAUCAAUUUCCACAUCAAUUGGCAACUUGAGAAACCUUCAACGCUUGUUCUUGAAUGACAACAAACUUACAGGAUUUAUUGGUGAUAACCUCUAUAAAUUGCCGCGAUUGGGUAGCAUACACUUGAGCCAAAAUCACCUUUCAGGAUCACUUCCUAAUUGUUUAGGGAACACUUCCCUUAGGGAGAUAUGUCUGGGUUCUAAUAAAUUGAGUUCCAAUGUACCAACAAGCUUAGGGAACCUUAAGGAUCUAAUAGUUCUUGACUUAUCGUCAAAUAACAUGGGCGGUUCUUUACCUCCAGAAAUUGGAAAUCUAAAGGCUUUGAUACAGAUUGAUAUGUCAAUGAAUCAAUUUUCAAAUAGCAUUCCUAGAGAAAUCGGAGGCUUGCAAAAUCUGGUGAACCUUUCUUUGAGACACAACAAGUUGCACGGAUCUAUACCUGACUCAAUGAGCAAUAUGGUAGGUUUAGAACUCCUAGACCUUUCUCAUAAUAAUAUAUCAGGAACCAUUCCUAAGUCUUUUGAGAAACUUCAAUACCUGAAGUAUUUCAAUGUCUCUUAUAACAAGUUGUAUGGUGAAAUCCCCUCUGGGGGUCCUUUCAAGAACCUCUCAAGUCAGUUUUUUCUCUUCAACGAAGCUUUAUGUGGUUCGAAAGGAUUUAGUGUCCCGCCAUGCCCCACUUCUUCAAAGCAUAGAUCAAAUAGGAAUAGAAUGCUACUUCUAUUUCUUUCACUGGGAAUUGCACUGGUAUAUGUUCCUAUCACUUUUGUGUUUGUAUGGAUAAGGUAUAGAAAAGGGAAAAGAGCUCCUCAACAAACGAAUUCAUUGUCUAUUGCAACAAGAGGAAGAAUUUCAUAUUAUGAACUGCUCCAAGCAACUGAUGCGCUUAGCGAGAGUAAUCUAAUUGGUUCUGGGAGUUUUGGCUCUGUCUAUAAAGGCAUUCUCAGAAGUAGGACUCCUAUUGCAGUUAAGGUGUUCAAUCUGCAAUUGGAAGAGGCAUUCAAGAGUUUUGAUACAGAAUGUGAA